AUGAAGAUCAUCACAUCCAGAGUCGAGACGUUGCAACGAAUGAACGAGGAUCUGCGCAUUGCCCUGGCAGUCGCCCGAGCCAACAUGUCGCAGCUGGAAAUGGAGAAUCAGUCGCUCAGUGGAAAAGUGGCUUGUGCGGUAAGGGACGCUCAAAAUGAAGUCGAAUGGCGAGACUUCAUGAUCGCUCAGAUGAAGAAACGCUACCUCAAGCUGAAGAGUCAGAGGCGUGGCGAAGACGGCACAGACUCGUUCGGCGUACAGGACGACAAGUUGUUUUGCAAGGAUGAGAACGUGAGCUAUGAGAACGAUGAGCGGGAGGACGUGAACCGGGAGGACGUGAACCGAGAGAACGCAGACCAGGAGAACGCAGACCAGGAGAACGAAAACCAGGAGAACGAAAACCACGACGAGGACCAUGGAGGCCAUGCGCAAAACGAAGACAACGCUCAGGAGCUUGUAGCUCCGGUCAUCAACUGCGACACCGCGCAACUCUGUGAUAAAGCCGCAGACUCAUCACUUGGGGUCGCAAAUCAAGUUUGCAAUCAGCCACUGUCAUCGACAAUCAGCACUGCUUCACUGCCUAUUGAGAUGCCAGAGCCGAUCUGCACUCGUUGUCUAUGGCACCGCGCCUGCCGAAGUCACAACGGGCCUGGCUCCCUCGAAAGUACGACUCGUCUCAACGACCAGGAGUACUACGGAACGAGGUCGCAGGUGUGCGCUGUGCCCGUUGACGUACAACUUGGGCUCAUGAGGGCUGCGCUCGAGCUGGCACAGGAAGCACUCUGGUAUUACCUUCGCAAGCACUGGCCCCAUAUACAGCGCCGUCUCUACCCUGAAAGCCCCAAAGAGGUCAAAUUCGGCCGCGACGAGCUUGCAGACUCUCUUGGUCAAUACUACACCAAGAAGAGCACCCUGGCGUUCUGCAAUACACUCUGUAUCUGCUCUUCGGUGACAAAUUCAAUGGCUGAUCUUCGCAACGCAACCUACCACUUUCGGAGUAUCCCUACCAGCUGGGUUGACUCUCAUAUGCAGAGCGCUCAGGCCAUGGCGAUCGAGGUCCUUGACGAGGCGAGAGCUACCAAAGUAAGGCAGCUGCGAGAUGACCUUCAGGCAGAAUCCACCAAGGCAUUCGAGCUGAUGCGCGGCCUCGUGUUUACAGCGGAGCUCAACGAAGCAUCCUGGGAGAUUCCGUGGCCAUUGCACAUUGAAAGUGACCUGAGAUACCCUCGAGGCUAUCCGGGUCCGCGGGACCAGAAUGACGCUGUGAGAGAGUGUGCGGCAAGGCUCUGGAAAGAGAGACAGGGCGGUGUGUACGAUCGAGACUAUCCAGAGAGAAAGGCAGAGGCGGCCAAAUUCAUGAAAGCGCCAACCUUUCAUCAUGACGACAGCGAGAGGCUCGACGUAGCGACUUCGAGCGGCUUCGAUGCCUCGUAUCACGCCAUCCGCCCCCUUCGCGUGAGCCUCUGCUUCGCUCGGUCUCUUCCGCCAUCAAAGUUGGAGCGGAGGCCAAGUUUCUGGGCCCUUCCUCAUAGCAUUCGCGAGCAAGGUGAAGACCGGCCAUGGGUGUGCGACUUCACAAAGCCUGAACCUGAGGCGGAGCUGGGACCAGAGGAGGUGCUAGAGGCAGAGCUCAAGGAAGAGUGGUCGGAAGAAUGGGACAGGAGAUGCUUUGAGGAGGCGGAGGGCCUCGACGAGAGUGCAGAUCUGGAGGCAGAGUUUCACGAGAAGCAAGAGGAGAGCGCCUUAGAGGAGGCCGUCAAGCUCGAUGAGGACGGCGGAAUGGUCGGCUGGUAG